GCCACCCUCACCCAGCACCUGCUCACACCGUCAUCUCCGAUCGGCUUCUCCUCUCCGCAGGCUCGUUAAACCUUUUUUGAACAAAACCGGCAACAACCACGCCUGCCGCAUCUUCUCCAGUCGCCUCCCAUCUUCCUUUCCUUUGACCACCACCAGCUCUCACCAUCCCAGUUCGAGCCCGGCUCUCAACCUAUCCCUCGGCCCCUCACACUAACAUAUUCAUACGUCUUUACCAAUAUCAAAUUAAAGACGAUGUCUUCUUCACGGUUAAACCUUGAGAAUUAUCAAAUUGCUCUGGAGGAGAUCAAAAUUGCCACCGAAAUCUUCAGUCGGCAAAGAUGUAUAGGUGACGGUGGAUUCGGUGAAGUCUACAAAGGAAAACUCUGGAAACGUGGGCGAAACCGCACAGUUGCUAUCAAGCGACUGGGUAAAGACAGCCACCAAGGAGAGCAUGAGUUCCGCAACGAGCUUGAGAUGAUUCGCAGAUUCGACCAUGAGAACAUCAUCUCUUUCAUUGGCUACUGUGACGAAGACAAUGAAAUGAUUAUAGUUUAUGAGUAUGAAGCCUCGAUCAUCAUCUCGGCGACCCAAAUAAGAUCUGUCACAUAACAUGGAUGCAACGCCUGAAUAUUUGCAUAGGGGCAGCAAAAGGACUCAAUUACCUCCACUCUAGUCUUGGGGAGCACAACAGAGUAAUACACAGAGACCUCAAGAGUGCUAACAUAUUGUUAGAUAACAAUUUUGUGGCAAAAAUUUGCGAUUUUGGUUUGUCGAAAUCGGGUCCCAGAAAUCAGCCAGAUACCAAACUCUAUACAAAGGUUGCGGGUACACAGUUUUACUUAGAUCCCACCUACCAUGAAAGCCGCAUACUCCAAAAAGAAUCAGAUGUAUACUCGUUUGGCGUGGUACUCUUUGAAGUCCUGAGUGGGAUGCUGGUUUAUAAUGGAAGGAGCAUUGGAGAUCAGCGACAGUUUCUGAUGAAUUUGGUCCGACGAUAAAAAGAUAAUGAACCACAUAAGCUAAUUGAUCCAGAUAUAAGAGAUCAAAUUGAUAGUCGUUCUUUUGAUACUUACAAAGAAAUAGCAUACCAGUGCGUAAGCUAUAAUUUAAAGGAUCGCCCCACGAUGGAUGCUGUCAUUAUGAGGAUAGAGGAAGCAUUAACUAUGCAAAUGUCCGAGCAUUUUGCGUCCAACCUCGCAGAUCAUUCCAUGAUAGAAAGUGUCAUUCAUGAGCUCAAUUCCAUGAGACCUUAUGACCACUGGAUUGCCACCGGUGAAAUCUCACGCCUGACAAAAAGAAGCCCCGAAAACCGUGAAAACGCAGUGACUGCUCUUCUUAAUCUCUCGAUUUAUGAAGACAACAAAGGCAUCAUAGUGUCCUCUGGAGCUAUCCCGGGGAUUGUUCAUGUGUUGAGUAAAGGUAGCAUGGUAGCACGUGAGAAUUCAGCGGCUACUCUUUUCAGCCUCUCUGUAAUUGACGAAAAGGAAUUGAUGAUCGGCUCUGCUAAAGCGAUUUCACCUCUUGUUUUCCUGUUGAGUGAAGGUACUGAGAGAGCAAAGAGGAUGGCAACCAAUGCGUUGUUUAACUUAUGCAUAUAUGAAUCUAACAAAAAGAGGGCAGUGAGGGCGGGUGUAGUCCCCAUGUUAAUGAAGCUUCUUAAGGAACCACAUGGUCUUUUGAAAGAUAAGGCCAUAGCCAUUCUAGCAAUAUUGUCAAUGCACCUUAAAGGGAGGUUGGCUAUUGGUAAAGCAGAGGCUAUGCCCAUUCUGAUUCAAAUUUUUAGGAGUGGAUCCCCGAUGAACAAAGAGAAUGCAGUUAUAGUUUUGGUGGAACUUUGCUUGGAAGACCAAAAAUAUUUGGUUAAGGUUCAAGAAUUUGGAGCUAUGGAUAAAAUAAUACAUUUACUAGAGCAUGGUACAUAUAGAGGAAAAGAUGAAAGAGUUGGAAUAAUUUUUGUGAUAUGGCCUAAUGACCAUUUUUAUUUACAUAAUGUGAUUGUAACUAUGUAA